AUGGGGAUGAAGCCAGCGAAACAAGCGAUGGUUGUAUUUGGGGCUCUUGCAUUUGGGUGGCUAGCUAUUGAGAUGGCUUUCAAACCUAUCCUCGACAAGGCUCGUUCCGCCAUGGACAAGUCUGAUCCUGCUCGCGAUCUCGACGACGACGACGCCGACGGCUCUGCUGAUCACAAGGAGAAGGGCUUGCGUGAAUCUGAUAUUGUUUUCUCUGACGACAACGCAGCAGCUCUUUGA